AUGCAACAAAACAAGAGUAUAACUGAGUUCAUAUUCUUAGGACUGACCCGGGAUCCUAUGAAACAGAAAAUGGUGUUCAUAUUUGUCUUAUUUUUCUACACUGGAACUUUGGUGGGAAAUUUGCUCAUUAUUGUGACCAUCAAGUUCAGCCGGACCCUUGGGACUCCCAUGUACUUCUUCCUGUUUUAUUUGUCCUUUGCUGAUACCUGCUUUUCAACUUCCAUAACCCCAAGAUUAAUUGUGGAUGCUAUCUCUGAAAAGAAAGUCAUAUCCUACAAUGAAUGCAUGAUGCAAGUCUUUGCACUGCAUUUAUUUGGUGCUAUGGAGGUUUUUGUCCUCAUGAUCAUGGCAUUUGAUCGCUAUGUGGCCAUCUGUAAACCCUUGCAUUACAUGACCAUUAUGAGACGACAAGUUUGUACCAUCUUGAUUAUUAUAUGCUGGAUUUUUUCUUUUAUACAUUCUACAACUCAAAUUGCCCUGACCUUGAAACUGCCCUUCUGUGGACCCAAUAUGAUAGAUCAUUAUUGCUGUGAUUUGCAGCCCUUAUUAAAACUUGCCUGUAUGGAUACUUAUGUGAUCAACCUACAGUUGGUGGCCAAUAGUGGGGCCAUUUGCGUAAGUGGUUUCGUGCUACUGAUGAUCUCGUACUUUAUUAUCUUGCAUUCUCUGAGAAAUCACAGUGCAGAAGGGAGGAGAAAAGCCCUUUCCACUUGCACCUCUCACAUCUUUGUAGUCAUCUUAUUUUUUGGUCCAACUAUAUUCAUAUAUACACGUCCACCAACCACUUUCUUCAUCGACAAGAUGGUGGCAGUAUUUUAUACCAUUGCGACACCAUUUCUCAAUCCUCUCAUCUACACACUAAGGAAUACAGAAGUGAAAAAUGCCAUGAAAAAGUUAUGGAGUAUCAAAAUUACCUCGGAUAUCAAAUGA